CCAAUAGAACAGCGACGCGUCGUGACGUCACUUCCUGAUCGGCAGUUUUGCGGGAAGUUCGUUCGUCACACGGCUCAGGACUUCACCUGCGACAGACCGCGAGCCAAGAUGCCUCCUAAAGCCAAGCCGGCGGGGAAGGGCAGAGCUCCGGCUAAGAGGAAGCUGGCGGAGGAGUUCCCCCCCGGGGAGGUGCUCACAGACACGGGGAAGAAGGCCUGGAAGCUGGGGGCUCCAAUCGGCCAGGGGGGCUUCGGUCUCAUAUAUCUGGCUGAUGAGAGUUCAGCUAAACCCGUGGGUGCUGACGCUCCUUAUGUCAUCAAAGUGGAGCCCAGUGACAACGGACCACUGUUCUCUGAGCUCAAGUUUUACAUGAGAGCUGCUAAGCCUGACCUGAUUCAGAGCUGGAUGAAGUCUCACAAGUUGAAAACUCUGGGCGUUCCUCGGUACUGGGGCUCAGGUCUGCAUGAGAGAGGAGGGAAAAGGUACAGGUUCAUGGUCAUCGACAGGCUCGGCACAGACCUGCAGAAGAAAUUUGAAGAAUGCGGAAGGAAGUUCCCCAGAAAACUGGUCCUGCAGCUCGGUCUUCGUCUGCUGGAAACUCUGGAGUACAUUCAUGAUCAUGAGUAUGUGCACGCUGACAUCAAGGCAUCCAACCUCAUGUUGAGCCACAGUGAUCCCAACCAGGUUUACUUGGUAGAUUAUGGGCUGGCCUAUAGGUAUGCACCGGAAAGUGUCAUAAAAGAGUAUAAGGAGGACCCCAAGAGAUGUCAUGACGGUACCAUCGAGUUCACAAGCAUCGACGCCCACAAAGGAGCAACUGCGUGUAGGCGGAGCGACCUGGAGAUCCUGUGCUACUGCAUGGUCCAGUGGCUGUGUGGACGGCUGCCCUGGGAGGACAAGCUGCAGGACCCCCUCUACGUCAGAGACUCCAAAAUCAGGAGCCAAGAAAAUAUCUCAGAAUUUAUGACCAAGUGUUUCUCAUCUCAAGACAAGCCAGCUGAGAUCCAGAGAUUCCUGGAGGAGGUUAAAUCUCUGGGGUACCAAGACAAGCCGCCGUACGAGAAGCUGCGCUCCAUUCUGCAGGCGGGACUGGAGGCCAUCAAGGCUAAAGAUGACGGCAAGCUGAUGUUCGCUCCUGUCAGUGGAGGCGUAUCAGAGCCCCCCAAGAAAGCCACCAAGAGAAAGAUGGUAGCAGAUGAGACUGAUGGAGCACUCGGCAAGAAAAAGAGAGUCACAGAGAAAAAAGAAGUGAAUGGAGUGAGGAAAAGUCCCCAAAAACCUGCGAGACCAAGAACGGCCCCCAGCACCAGGAAACUGAUUGUCCCUAAAUGCAGCCUGGUGGAGACGAAACCCAGACUAGCCACCAGAUCCAGAAGCAGACUCCAGAAAAGCAGCCCCUAAGGGUCCACCUCCACCUCCACACUCCUCCCCCAGCCCUCCUGACGUUCCUCUACUUCUUAAGUCUCCUUUUCACCUUUUAUAUGGUUUCUAUCUGUUACGCACUGCUACAUGUUGAUGUUUGAUUGUUUUUGCUGUGGUGAAGACGGAUCUAUUGUAAUAAAGAGGAAAUUAAAUUGUC